AUGGCUAUCAUAGAGGCCCUCCUCUCAGCAGUUGAAUCAAACCGCAAAGUGGGGAUCUUGUACGACAUUGGAUGCAGUUUAGACAAGUACAUUAACUUGAGAGGUCUUGUACCACAAUAUCGAGAUCGAAUAAAAUUUGGGACCUCAGUGUUCCACGCCUAUGUUCAUAACUGGCUCUGCCAGUUGGAUUACCAUCCUAGGUUUAACCAAGGUUGGGGACUGUCUGAUGGGGAGGGUCUAGAGCGAAUGUGGUCCUAUCUCUCUCCUUUGGUGAGCCCCCUGCGAUAUGCGACUCGAAACCAUCGCCUUGCAGCAAUAUCACACCGUUUGAAACACCACAAUCAUCGGUCAAUUCAGCAACUUCCUUAUUGGUUACAAAGGAAGUUCUGCCAAGCUGUCCGACGCCGCCGAGAGAACCAAAACUUGCUAGACCAACUGCUUAAUAAAAGAAAUCGCCAUCGGCAAGGAGGCGGAAACUUCACAAUUGGCUUCUUCAAGAGACAGUGGGCUGCUCAAAGGGAAUUUCAAUCCAACCACACAACCGAAGAGGAUACCCGCCGUUCAAAGCUCUUGUCAAUAUACAAGCGAGAAGCAAGUAUAAAUCUCAUGAGGACACGCCUCCGAAACCCUCGGGACCUUUUAGAAGAUCCAGGAGAAAUUCAAGAACUUAUGGACUCCAUUGUGGAGGAAGCCAAUCUGCUGCGUCAAGAAAAGGAAGAAAUGGGAGUGGCAAACAUGCCUGAGACUACUGACACUGAGGAGCAGAAGCUCAGGCUCCUUCUCUGGGAUGCAAAGUCGGCCCUUUUUGUCCAGGCCGUUCAUAUCAACGCUGAGCGCCAGCCUUUGAUCAAUUCUCAUACAAUGGGAUCGCGGCUGGGUACUCGUGGAAAGGAGAAGAUUUUCAAAGCAAAAUACCCAAAUCAACAACUAUCCGAUGAAGAUGAUCACCCUGUGACCUACGAUGAGUUUUCAACUUGGCCAAUGGACCACAGAUUUUGGAACGAUGGUCUGUAUUAUCAUUCGAGUGAACCCUGGUCCGUCGAUCCAGAUGUCAAAACAGGUAUCAAUUGUGUUCUAAUGCUCAGUCGCACCCAAGAAGAGUUUGAGCUUAUUGCCCAGGAAUUGGCUCGAGCUACUGGAUGGGCCAUUGACCACUACAAGCUAAUCAAGAAUAAACUGCUCUACAUCGAAAUCCGAAUGGUUCUGUUACAGGGGGAUGCCAAUGGUGCCCUUGAUCAUAUAGACAGUCUGCCAUUAGGUGAAUGCAGCCGAUUAGACAAACUGCAGCUGGUUGCAAACGAAUUGCAAGCACGACUCAGGCUCCAUAGUCAGUUGAUACAAGAUUGGUCUGACAACGUAACUUGGCUUUGGCGGCGCUGCCAACCAUUCAGCAAUCGAGGUUCAAUCGGGGAGUGGAACAAUCUAGUUGAACAACUAAGCCGGUCUGAUAUUGAGUCUGAAAACCUUGGUACAUCUUCAAGCACAAUUGAUGAUGAGUUAGAAGAUUUGAUGUUAGAUGAGAAUGUAGAUGAUGGAGAAGAUGUAGAGGAGAGAUUAAUAUCAAAUACUGAAGUAGUUUGA